CAACUGCCGUAAAACCCACAGGAAGAAGGAGAAGAAGAAGUGAAACGCAGACCUUCUAACUUCCGUUGACGUAACCAGGAAGAGCCUUCUACGUUUCCAACAUGCUAACAGACGAUAACAAUGAUGAAGACGUGUCUCUGUUUGACGCGGAGGAGGAUUCAGGGAAAAGGUCAAAGAAAACCAAAAUUAGGCAUCCGGUGGCUUCCUUCUUCCACCUGUUCUUCAGAGUGAGCGCCAUCAUCGUGUACCUGCUCUGUGAGAUCUUCAGUAGCAGUUUCAUCGCCUGCAUGGUCACGAUCAUCCUCCUGCUCUCCUGUGACUUCUGGACAGUAAAGAACAUCACUGGAAGAUUGCUGGUUAGUCUGCGCUGGUGGAACCAGGUGGACGACGACGGACAAAACCACUGGGUGUUUGAGUCUAGGAAGGGUACCGGGAAGCAACAGGCAGCGGAUUCAGAGUCCCGAAUCUUCUGGAUUGGACUGAUUGUUUGUCCGGUCCUCUGGGUCGUCUUUGCUUUCAGCACCCUGUUUUCCUUCAAGAUUAAAUGGGUGCCUGUGGUGGUCAUGGGCGUGGCGCUGCAAGGGGCCAACCUCUACGGCUAUGUGCGCUGUAAAGUGGGGAGCAGGACCAGCUUAAAGAACAUGGCUACAAACUACUUUGGGCGACAGUUCCUCAAACAGGCGCUGUCUAAGGAAGAGGAAUCGUAGAGUGCAGCUCUGCGAUGUUAACAUGUUUGCAUUGUUAUUAAUGCUAUUAUAUUAUAUAUACACACACACACACACACACA